UUUUUACAAACCGAACUAAUAAGUUAGCAUAUUACUGCCUCUGCAACGAAACGGCCGCGCCGGUGCACCGCCUUUGGUUGGUAACGUUAAGAUACUGUCCACAGUUAGCUAACCGACAGUUCGGCGAUGGAUCGUACAUUUUCUUCUACUUUGUGAAAAAUAACCAGCAUCUGUAUUUGCAUUUGUUGCUCACUGAAGUCAAACAGGCCAUCGCCGCCCGACCUUGCAGUUUUUACAGGCUCGGGUCCACUGCUGGAUUAGAGAUCCAAAUAAAUAUACCGGUACGCCGUAAUUAAAUCAACCGGGCACUGUCUGUUUUAACGAGAUUGUUAGUAUGCGAGUAAGUGGAUUUCUGGAGGCCGAGCAAGCAGCGAGUUUCUCGGUUUACCCCACUCUGUUGGCUUAAAAGCUAAAUACAUAGCACUCCAUGUAAUUGCGGAAGAGCAGCUGAGUGUACCCUGAAGUGGCUGUGGUUACGUUAUUUUGCAUUAGAUGCUAUUAGCUAUUUGUUUAAUCUGUUAUGAAAUUCAGCGGGUCUGAGGUCGGAUCGUUUUCGCUUGUCUACCGGACAUUUCUUAAAUCAUAAGUGUAAUCGUUACAAAUAAAGUGACUGAGUACAUUGCUUUCUGGAGUAUUAGCUCUGCCCUGCCUGCAGGCCUACACUUAAAAGCCUGCUAGCAAGCUAACUAGCGGACAGAAGUCUGCAAGAUGGCGUUUAGCUGCAUCUUCUCAGAUUUCCAUCAGUGCAAGUCAUAUUGUCAUUACAUUGUGCAGCGGACAGUAAAUGUAGGAAUUUGAUUAGAUUAGUCCGAUACUAAUUGUUUAAUACUUACUGCAACAUCAGGGGGCAAAUUUUAUCAUGUAAAAUGUGUAGAGUCUCUGUAGACCAGCCUUCUAAACAAAUUAGAGAAACAAACUGAGUGAAACAGCUAUCCGGCAGCCAUUCGAAUACAAUGCAAACUAUGCUACUGUUGUAGGCAAAUCACAGAACUGCACUAAGUCAACUAUCAGUACACUGCACACAGAGCAAGGUAAACCUGAGCAUACAAAUCACUUAGGAAACGUAUGUAAUGUAUGUAUUGCGAUGUAGUCUUAAAUAUUUAUGCCAUACAGUAGCUCAGUCAUUUCUGUUAUUGUUACUUUUAAUUGUCCCAAUUGUAUGAAAAAAAAUAUUUUCCGAAAAUGCAAUUUAAUCCCAGUUUAUUAAAGCAAGAGUGGUAUUAAUUGUACCACUCCAAUUAAUACAUACUGGACACAUGGAAAAGAUGGACUGUAUUAGACUUUUGAUAUCAGUGGCAAUGUGUAAAUCCAGGCACUUGCUAUAAUCAUGUUGUGUGUAAAAGAAUUAAGAUUAAACUCAUCCUUUUAUGAUUGGGAAAACAUAUUUCUAAUGCCUGGGUUGGCUUUGCCAGCUGUUUAUGUUAGUGGACAUGGAUAGGAUUAGAGCCUCGUUGACUGAGGAUUUUAGCUUUUAGGAUUAUAGAGUUGCUCAGUGAUAUUGCUGGUUAUGGUCUUUUUCUAUGAUCCAGCUUAAGACUGUGAAACAUUGCAUUAUCAUCUUUUAACAGUACAGAUCGACUGUCGUGUUCUUUUAAGAACAGAUGUAUAGCUACCUAUUGCAGAGAGAGAUACAUUUGUAAACUUUAACUAGAAAUUUAGGAGACACGUUUGACUUCAGAGAGUAGCAGGCACAGACUGCCCUUAAGGGACCUGAGAACAGCUAGCGAGCUACAACUCCAGGCUGUUUGCCACUGCUCAUUGUUUAUCAAGCAGUCAGCUGACCCUGAUCAGGCGCUUGGAAAGGAGAAGUGAUGAGGCAGAGGAACUCCUUAACUGUAAGCAUCCAUAGAGGUCAAUAGGAAAUAAUAUUUCUUAAUGUGGAAUAUUUAAAACUCAGAUGUGUAAUAUUACUCCUGGCUAUCUUAUUUCCUGAUUUAAUGCUGCCGUUUUAGACUUUCCUAUAAAAACAGUCAAAUGACAAGAAAUUGCAUCUUGUAUUCAUUUGAUUUUGAACAGUUUGUGAAUUUUGCCGUUUAUCAUUGAAGAGCGUUUUCACAUGAACCUUUCAGUUUUAACUCAAAAGCCUUUAUUUUCAUCAAUCAUAACCGCAACUAAAAGUAAAGUAUUGACUUAUUAUAAGUAGCAUCAUUUUGUUGUAUAUGAGUCAAUUAAUCAUUAUUGAAACAUUAUGUGCAAAAAAUUGCACAUAACUGCCUAAACCCAAAUGAAAAGACAUUUUAUACAUCAAUGUUUAAUACAUUUAUUAUGUUAAACGUAAAGAGAAAAUGCACAAGACACUAAUCAUACGUUAUUGUGGGCAUUGGUAAACCUUCUUAUCUGAAAAUAUAAUUCAGCACAACUGAUAUAACUUGAUUUUCAUUGUCUCGUGCAAAAACAAUUUACAUCAGUUUGAGAAAAGUAAAGAAUAUAGUUUUAAAAUAGCAACUAUAUUUUCCGAGGUUUUCAAGGUGAGAACAGCAUUUUGCUGUCCCUUGAUGAUACCGCAUAAUAAUUGCAUUCCAUGACACGUUUAUUAUAAGAUUAAUGAGUGUAAGAGGAUAACCUGUGUUAAAAAGGUCGGCCAAUCAGAGGGCCUAAAGGAUACCGUAGUCAGGUACAGAAGAUUUUCACUCUUGUCCUGAAACCUCCAGUGACAUAGGCCUACUGACUGAAAUACACCAGAUCAACAAGUGCCCCGGUAGCUGGAGAAAAGUAAUUAAAAAAGCGGAAUAAAAUGAGUGAACUGGACCAGUUACGCCAAGAGGCAGAGCAGCUCAAAAAUCAGAUCAGAGAUGCCAGGAAAGCAUGUGCAGAUGCCACACUAUCACAGAUCACAGCUAAUAUUGACCCCGUUGGACGAAUCCAGAUGCGUACAAGACGAACGCUGCGGGGUCAUCUGGCUAAAAUCUAUGCCAUGCAUUGGGGAACAGAUUCCAGGCUCUUGGUCAGUGCCUCUCAAGAUGGCAAACUCAUUAUUUGGGACAGUUAUACCACAAAUAAGGUUCAUGCCAUUCCACUUCGAUCUUCCUGGGUCAUGACUUGCGCAUAUGCACCUUCAGGAAAUUAUGUGGCCUGUGGUGGUUUAGACAACAUCUGCUCCAUUUACAACCUGAAAACACGCGAGGGGAAUGUACGUGUGAGCCGUGAGCUCGCUGGACAUACAGGAUACCUGUCCUGUUGUCGCUUUCUUGAUGACAACCAGAUUGUUACAAGCUCUGGCGAUACCACUUGUGCACUUUGGGACAUUGAGACUGGCCAGCAGACAACCACAUUUGCUGGACAUACAGGUGAUGUCAUGAGCCUGUCACUGGCCCCUGACGCGCGGUUAUUCGUCUCUGGUGCUUGCGAUGCCUCCGCUAAACUCUGGGAUGUUCGAGAGGGCAUGUGCAGACAGACAUUUACUGGCCAUGAGUCUGACAUCAAUGCCAUCUGUUUCUUCCCUAACGGCAACGCCUUUGCCACGGGCUCUGAUGAUGCCACCUGCAGGCUGUUUGACCUGCGUGCUGAUCAGGAAUUAAUGAUCUACUCUCAUGACAAUAUCAUAUGUGGCAUCACCUCUGUUGCAUUCUCGAAGAGUGGCCGUCUUCUUCUGGCGGGAUAUGAUGACUUCAACUGUAACGUGUGGGACACACUAAAAGCUGACCGUGCUGGUGUGUUGGCUGGACAUGACAACCGUGUUAGCUGCCUGGGUGUUACUGAUGAUGGCAUGGCAGUUGCAACAGGAUCCUGGGACAGUUUUCUGAAGAUCUGGAAUUGAAGCCUGAAGAUGUUCUUUUAACUCCAAAGUUGACUGGAAGACCAUUACAACUUCAGAAUGUUCACAGCAUCUUCUUCAACACUGUUUAAACUGACUUGGACACCACAAAAACGAAGGGAAACCAAUGCCUUUCCUACACAAAGAAGAGCACAAUUGUUUAUCACCUAGUUAAGAAAGGAUCUCCUGUGGUAUCAAAUCAGAAACUUGUGCAUUCCUUCUUGGACCAUUUUAUGUUACCUUGAAAGAAAAAAACAACACUAUCAUCCCAUGCAAAUGUGUGCGUCUUGAAAGCAAAUGUUGGAGUGUAAUUGUACAAAUUAUUUAACUUUUUUUUUUUUUUUUUUUUUUUUUUUUUUUUUAAAGAAUUCUAUUCUGAUGGUUUGUUAUUCUUGAUGGCUUUCUUUUUUGUCAUAUUUCUUUAGUGGUUUUAGAUAUGUUUGAAUUACAGCUUUGUCUUUCUAAUCCGGUUAAAUCAUAUAAAACAGAUGAGAGAAAACAUGCAGAAGUAAAAAAAAGCUUGGAUCAUAUUACACGAGCAGCUUUCAAAAUGUCCAUGAUGUAUUUAUAUACUAGCUGUUUUUGUUUCAUCACAGCCUUUGCACAUGAAGAAGCUUUGCCUCUCAACUAAUACUAUGUUAACUAACCAAGCACAUGCUAUAAGUUAUGAAUGCUCAUUCCAGUACAAAAGGAGUUAUUACGAGUAACUUAACCAGUUAACCCCCUUAAUUCUUGUACAUGCCUUUUGGGUGGGAAGGGGUGGGGUAGCAAGGUAGGUGCUGAGAUAAUUGGGGCAUGGCUGGAUUUUAUUAUAUGGAUGGGGGGGAUUGUGUUUAGUAUCCACUUUGAGUGAAACACCUCACCUGACUAAAUAGACACUUCCUUUGCUUGGGACUGCAGUUGCAACUCUGUGAAUGAAAUGUACAAAUCAAUGUCUGAAAAUAAUGGUCUGAUGUUUUAAGUUAAGACAUUUAAUUUUGUCUGCCAUGAGUUAAUUUAGAUGUGCAUGCUGUAGACUUGCUUUCAAUGGUGCAAAAAAUCCUAGAUUUUUUUUUUUUUUUUUUUUUUGGUUUCUGAAAAGGAGAGUAACCUAUUGAUUGAACUUAAUAGAAGCCAAUUUUUUUUGGCUGAAACUCUGCAUACAUCAUGUACUAAUACUGGUAACGCUAUGCACCAGAGUGAGCAAGAAUGGAGAAAGACUUAAUAUUGACUGCAUACUUAGUGUAAAUUAUGCUUACCAGUUCUAUUGAUGCCAAUUUUUGUAAUAAUUAUAACAAUCAUUGUGAGAAUUCUAUCCUUGACAAGUCCUUUUCUCUCCUUCAAAUCUUCACACUCAAUGGAACAAAAACAUCCUCACAAACUGUCCAUACUAAAACUUUUGUACAUUUUUUUUUCUUGGUCUUAAAUUGAAAAUCAGAGCAUCUGAAUGACAACAUUUCACUGUAUACAGAAGCACUUUUGUUAACGUUGUGACAUAUUUUCACUUUUCUUUUUUCUGCGAUGAUGUACAAUAAAUGUGAUGUAUUCGUGUGUGGCCACAAGUGAAAAUGCAAUUCAACUGAGAUGGAUUCCCUUUUCUCUUUCCAUUAAUAUUAUAGAGCUCUGCACCCUUAUGUACCUUUUCACUUUUUGUAUUUCAUUUCAGUCUGUUGGUGUUCCACGGUGAGCUGGAUGCAAGAUAGAUACUGUACUAAAUUGUACUGUUAUUGAUUGGAAAAUGUAAUAAAAAGCUGUUUGAGAUCGC